AUGGCUACAGAACGAGCAGUAACUCGGGUUACUGUUAUCCUUGAUAAAGCAGAUGAUUGGUUCAACUGGAUCUUCCUACGCAAAGACUUUGCUAAGGAUCACAAGAUCUGGCAAUACGUCAAUCCAGAUACACCGAAGGAGAGCCUACCUGAUCUGGAAGCCUCUAACCCAAAGCCUCUACUCACCGACUAUAAGGCUAGAGCUACUAAGCUCUCUGACCUAUCUUCUGAGGAUCGUGAGUCCUACCGAUGGGAGGUUGACCAAUGGAGACUCGACCAGAUCACCAUACAGAGACUGGAGAAGGCACUGGUGGAUCUGAACACGGAGAUCACCAGAUCCAUCGCCAUACGUCACCUCUACCUGAUACAGGAUCUACCUACUGUUCACGAUCGACUUGUCGUUCUCAAGAAGCACUUCUGUCCUUCUACUGCUGAUCGGAGUCGCAAUUUGGCAGCAAAAUACACCAAUCUGAAGACAGCUCCACGUAACCCAAAGGCACUCGAACAAUGGAUGGCUGACUGGAUACAUGUCACUACUCAAUGCCAGUCAAUCAACCUGCCAGAAACUAGUGGCUAUAAGCCCCAGGAGGAUUUUCUAACAGCCUGCCAAGCUCACUAUCCAAACUACGCUGCUACCUGCCUUGAUCAGGUAUACGAACACGAGAUCAAUGGUACUGAUCUACCUACCCUACCCGCCUACGUCGAGAAGAUGACAAAGUAUGUCCGUCGAGCUGCCCAGACUACCGAAUCAACCCUCCUGUUUACCUCAGCUGCUGAGCUUGGGAUUGCAAAACCACCAUGCGUCUGUGGGUUACCACAUGCUUUACACGAUUGUUACAUACUCAAUCCACUUCACCCAAGCCGACCAAAAGACUGGACACCAGCACCUGUUGGAAUCCGCAAGGUUGAACAAGCUCGAAAGGAUCCUACACUUGCAAAGCAAAUUGAGAAAGCUAUGACUGAAUGGAAUUCACGUCAAAAGAAUGGCGACCCUAUUCAGAUGGAUGAUGGCCUACCACCUAAUCGGCACACAUCAUUUGUAGUCAACCUACUGGAUGAUACAGGUCAGCUAUCACCAAUUCACUGA